UGUCGUGCUAUGGGCAGUAGCUGAACAUUGCUUCUGAUCGAUCCCAUCUGAAUAAUCCGAAUUCGACUUUAAGACUCAUGAUUGGUCCCCGACUGCCAUCUCGUCUGCGGCCGCUCGAUACUCACCCAAACUCAACGGUGGGCUGUUUUCCUCAAAGCCGACCAGCACGCCCAACAUGGGAACGCCUCACCGAGGACUCCCUCCGCCCUCAGCGAUGACAUUGCCGGAUCCUGGGCGCGGAUCCUCUAUUUCUCAACCAAUGGGCUCCCUGCCACCCGCUCCUACUCAAUGGCAAGGCGCCGAGGACGGUAUGAAGAAUUGGCUGGCCGCAAAGGCUGAGGAGGAGAAGAGGAGACAAGAGGAGGAGAGAACGCGACAGGAAGAUCUUAGAGUCGAACAACGUCGGAUUGAGCAGUCAAUGCUUCGGGAGUCGCUCCAGGGCGGUGUGCCGCCACACCUAAUCCCUAUGAUCUUUGCAGGCAUGGGAGGAGGAAGCCUUGCGAGCAUCAGUGCAGACAUGCUCCGGGAACACCAGCUCGAGCUUCAAGCUGCACAGCGGCAAGCGCAAGCGCAAUCACAGUCUCAAUUGUCCCCAGAGCUUCGUCGGGAAACGAGGUUAAUCGGCCAGUCACAACCAGCAGCGUACGGAGGACAGCCGCAGACUCCGCAGACCGUAUUACCACCAACGGCAGUUCUACCGGGCCAACCUUUGCCAUCUCAACCUCAACAUGGGGCAUUCUCACAAUCUCCGUACGCUGCAGGAAGCAUGUCUCCACGCGCGAGAGCUGCCCAGCCACCUCAUGUCGGUGCACCCACCUCCGCUCCCCGCCCUCCUCCACAAUCGCAGCUACCCAGGCUGACCACGAAUGAGCUUCACAUCCAACAGCCACCAGCAGCGCCUUCAAACGUACAACAGCUCCAGUCAAAUCAGACGUCUCAGCAAGAACAGCAGUCCUCACCAUCGAUCUACUUCCACCAUUGGGUUCCACCCAAUUCACAACAGGAGAAGCCGUCCAGCGGGAAUCCACCUGCAACUCCAUCAGAUUACACCAGCUCCCCCAAGAAGCGUAAAGCGCAAGGCGGACACACAGCUCCACCACCUCCAACAACGGCGCCUCAAUCCUAUACAUCGCCGUCGUUCUCGCACGUAUCAACAUCUUCCACAUCGACUCCAGGACGACGAGGACACACCCGAGCCCGUUCUGAUGCAUCUACACGGGGGCCAGAAGGGCGCAACAGUGCUUUGAGUCGCCGUGGCACUGUCUCAACGCACGCACAUGCAGAGGGAGGUGCACAGCACCACGAAGCAACCGAAUAUCGAUUCCAGUCACAACUGCGUGGGCCAGAGGAACACCAACAGCGGGAGUCAUCCUACACAACACCAAUGCGAAGUGAGGGUGGCGGGCAUGGACAGCACUCGCAAUCCACAUCUUCCAUGUCAUAUCAAGGUGAAACGCGGCAAGCAGGGCCACAUCAGCAGCUGGAUCGGGUUUUCGCAUCGUCACCGAAACGCGAGCCAGGAGGACAGUAGCUUGAAUGGAUUUGCAGCAUUUCUCUCAAUUCCGAAAAUUAUCAUCAGACACGACCGAAUCCUGGAUUCGAAGUUUUCG